UAUACGGUACAGCAUCAUCUCAUCCUACCACCCACCUCACCAUUCACGCCCACUUCCAAUUCAUACACGAUCCCCACACUUCACAGGCACUCCCAUCUGCACACCUCUCCAGCGCUUGCCUGGCCAAACGAUUUGCAGGGAGGAAUCUACGACGGCAAGGAGUCGUUCCACUUCGCCGCUCUCAUUACCAAGCGUAGAGGUCGACGCAGGUUCCUCGGCAACAUAUUCUGUAAAUCCUUCUUUCCUCAAGCUCCGUUUCAAGCGCACUGCAGUCGCUUUACGCCUGUCACGCUGUGCCAGAUUCUGAAGGUUCACCAGCUCCGCCGAACGAGCCAAAAGCGCGCGCAUAUACACAUACACGGACACAUACAUGGCUUCUUCAUCUGCAUCAGCUCCGGCUGGAACAACGGGGGCGGCGCUGCAUAGACCAAAGAGGAAGAUUGCAGUGCUGGGUAGUAGGAGCGUGGGCAAAUCCUCGCUGGUGGUGCGUUACGUCGAAGAUGCAUUUGUAGACUCUUACUAUCCCACCAUCGAAAACGUGUUCAACAAGCGGGUCAAGCAUCGCAAUCAAGAGUACGACUUGGACAUCAUUGACACAGCAGGUCAAGACGAGUAUAGCAUAUUAAAUUCCAAGCACGCUAUCGGUAUACAUGGCUACGUCUUGGUCUUCUCCAUCGCCAAUAGGAACAGCUUCGAUAUGGUGCAGACUGUGUACGACAAGAUUCUCAAUUAUACAGGGACGGAACACGUGCCUUGCGUCAUUGUCGGGCAGAAGUGCGAUUUGCACGUUCAAAGGCAAGUGACGGAGCAGGAGACAGCGGAAUUAGCAAGUCAGCUGCAUUGCGCGUGGAUAGAAACGAGUGCGAGGCACAACAUCAACAUCUCCAAAGUGUUCGAACUGAUGCUCGGCGAGACGGAUGGAAAUACGGAAGCGGGCAAGACGGAGCCGGAACCUAGCAAGUGCUGCGUCAUGUAAAGAGGUGCCUUUUUGUGUCUUCGGGUUCAAGUGCGCAAAUUGUCCUACAAUGAGGGUUGCGCACGCCUCGCCUUUUCCGAGCUGCGAGUCAGGCCAAAACAAGUUCACACAAUUCUAGAUUUUGGAGGCCGCGUCACCCGUUCGCUCAGGAUCCCUGCCCUCUCCUACACGCCAUGCAUUCUUGUGAUCGCAAGAUUGCGACCCACUUUCGACGGGUUCCAAUCUCCCUCUGCCCUUUUCUUGCUCUCAAGAAUCUUCUACGAAUACGCCUCGACCCUACCCACCUACUCUUGGAGUCUCUGCAUUUUUGCUCUGGCACUACAUACGCCGCGCACCGCCAAUCUCCGUCUCUCAAGCUCAUCUGUCCCGCCAUCUCGUUAAUGUCAACUCGGAUCCACAUCUCAG